UGUAUGCCUUCGUAAGGGAAUAAGACCGCGUCCCUCCGCCCCUCAGAAUGUAUCGGAGGCAGGGCUGAAAAGCCCGAGGAGCGCCUGUAUGGUGCGAGGAAGAUAAAGCAUGUCUGCUGUAGCUGAAACCAUGGGAGACUUGCCUGUGAGAGACGUGGGUUCAACUCCAUCUAGAAUUGGAAGAUUAGUAGCAUCUGCACGAAAUGUUAAAGCUCGGCGAGCUGUGUCACAAUUCAGUCGGAAGGAGCUGGAAGAUAAAUAUCUUUGUUUACGUGAUGAGAACAUCUUACUUAAACAGCAUGCAAAUAAGCAAGAGGAAACAAUUAAAAGAAUGGCCACCAGGUUAAUACGGCUUGUUAAAGAAAAAAGGAAUGAGCAGGUUGGUGGCAGCCCCAAGCGGCUGGGUCGUACUGUGGAGCUGGAAGGGAUGACUGAGCGUUUGCAGGGGAGAGUUCAUGAUCUUGAGAAACAAAAUGAGAUCCUCCGCAGCAAACUCGUUUCAAACAAACAGCAGCCCCAUAUUCAAAGCCGUAGGCCUGUUCAGUACAAAUACGCUCAGUCUCAUAAUAGCCCUGGACUCAAAAAUGCAAGUGGUGCUGCUGGCACACCGGAACACACAAAGAAAGGAAAGAGUGUGCAGUAUUUAGAAGUGAAACCACCCCAGUCUCCUCCCCGAGGAUGCGGCCAGGUUAUGCUCGAGGGUGCAAGAGCCAAAAUAAGAAAUUUGGAAACUGUGAUUGAUUCCCAAAGGGAGCGCAUUGAGGAACUGGAGCAUCUUAGAGAGUUACUUGGGACUCAGCUGAGAAAGAAAGAACAAGAAAUUGAAGAAUCUGCCCUACAUCUUAAAGAGCAACAGGCAGCAAGCCAAAGGUCGAACAUUCGGGACAAUAUGGAAAUGAUUAAGGUCCGUAGACAGCUGUUUGAGAAAAGCAAUGCUCUUUCAACUAUGGAAAGAAAAUUUCUCCAGCUUCAAGAGGCAGCACUAGCAGCUCAGAUGAAGAGCUCACGACUGUACGUGGCGUACGGCGAUGUUUCAGUGCCACCUAGUGACGUGCACUUCAACUUGAUUGUCUCUCAGGAUUUAUGGGACACCACGAGUUCAAAAGCUAACGCAGUUCAGCACAGCCCGCAGAGCAGCGGGGAGCAGCCACGCUGCAGAGGGAAGGCACGUGGGGUCACAUGCGACAACCUCCUCCACGUCCUUUAA